AUGGCCCGCGACCCGGUCCGCGUGCUGGACGACUACUACCUGGCCAUCACCCUCCUCGUCACCGUCGGCUACCAGCUCGCCUUCUUCGCCGUCGCCUUCGCCCUCAAGUUCGACAAGCUGACCGACUUCGCGGGCGGCACCAACUUCGCGCUGCUCGCCGCCCUCACGCUCGCCCUCUCGCGCCGCCCGGACACCCGCCAGCUCGUCGCCUCGCUGCUGCUGGCCGCCUGGGCCCUGCGCCUCGCGGGCUUCCUGCUCUUCCGCGUCCUGCGCACGGGCAGCGACGCGCGCUUCGACGGCAAGCGCGACAGGUUCCUCCCCUUCCUCGGCUUCUGGGUCUUCCAGAUGCUCUGGGUCUGGGCCGUGUCCCUGCCCGUCACCGUGCUCAACUCGCCCGCCGUGCAGGCCUCGGGCUACGUCCAGCGCGGCUUCGGCACGCCCUGCGACGUCGCCGGGGUCGUCAUGUUCGGCGUCGGCUUCCUCGUCGAGUCGGUCAGCGACCUCCAGCGCUUCCUCUGGCGGGAGAAGCACGGCGGCGGCGGCGGCGCGUUCUGCAGCUCUGGGCUCUUCGCGCUGAGCAGGCAUCCCAACUACUUUGGAGAAAUCCUCCUCCAGUUCGGCAUUUUCACCAUUGCCGUGUCGCCGGCGGCAUGCGGCUACAUCGGCGGACAGCCGUUCAAGGCUCUCUACGCGACUAUUCUGGGGCCGUGCUUCCUGACCUGCCUCCUCAUGUUUGUCUCUGGCCUCCCGCUCUCGGAGCGGUCGGGCGCAAAGAAGCGCUACGAGAAGGGGGGUGAGACGUGGGCAAACUAUCAGCGAUACCUGGAGCGCACCAGCGUCCUCAUCCCUUUUCCGCCGCAACUCUACGCCCACCUACCGACAUUCAUCAAGAGGACCGUGUUUCUCGAGUUUCCCAUGUACGUCUUCGACCCGGCCAAGCAUGCCGACGCGGGACAGGGCCAGGCAGCGGCAGAGGAGGGCAAUCACCAGGGCGGCGACAGGCAGAGCAGAGAAGGACUGGUAGGGAAACAGCAGCAGGAAAGGCGAUCGUGA